AUUAAUAAAAUAAGAAACGGUAAUAAUGAAGUGAGUGGUAACUUACGUAUGGGAUUCACUGAACAAAAUAAAGAAAAAAACAAGCUUUGUCUUACUCAAAAAUUCACUCCAGAAAAAAAAAAACUAACUAACAGGAAAAACCGGUUUAACUCGUUUCAAGAAAGGACGCUUAAUGAAUGCCAUCUUCAUUAGGAAUUUCUUGCCUUUUCGAUCUCAAGUACCUACUUGAAAAAGAGCGUCUUCCAGGGUUCUUAACGCUUGCGCCAUCUCCCCUUUCAAUUCAAUAGCUAGUACAGAAAACCUUCUCUAACAUUUCAUUUCUUACUGGUGGUCUUUGAUAAAGUCCACUAGAGGGCAGUCGUUAUGUUAAUAUUGAAAAAAAAAGCAGUCCACUACAGUCGCCCCUUUGAAGGUUCGACUCGAGGAGCACCAUGCGAAGAGAGUUGGAGCUUCAACAUCUAUACCUUAUCUGGAUCAGUAUUCCCAAUUCUCCGGUCAGUGGUAGCAUUUGUCGCUGGCCACACCAUGACUGCAUACUCCUUGGCCAUCCUGGAUGUUGACGGCUUACGGAUAUCGACAUCUGCCACAGUUAAGGUACUUCUGUUGGGUCUGGACGAAAAGAGUUGGUUCCACACUUCUGGCGUUCCAGAAAUGGCAGCAUCCCUACUGUUCAGCGAAUGGAUAACAACGUCAUUAAGUGUCACAGAUGUCUUCGGGGUUCUCUAAGGUAGAGAAAAAAAAAAUUAAAUUCGGCAACACUCAGAAUCAUGGGUGAGCUAUUGUUGAAAAAGUUUAGUUUAGCCGCAAUAAGGUAGGCGACCAGCUCAUACUCCCUUGGUAUAGUUUGAACCUAAAUCACCAUGGCAUCUACGAAGAGCGACUGCGACACUGUUGCUCUUAUUGGGUACGUAAUCCACCCUAUGAAUUGAUUCGGGAAGUACAACAGGUUAGUCCCUUGUUCGAAAGUGCUGUGCCUCAAGACUUGGUUAUUCUGCCUCUCCUAGUUUAUAGUAAGCUUUCAUAUCGAGAAAGGCAUAGAAAAAGGCUCUCCUACUGAUCUACUAUCUACUCUAUCAUAGAUAUUCACUAUCCUACUCAAUGUUUGUUGCUAGCAACGCAAUAUUUGUAAAUCUAAUAUAACUACGCCCCUACAUUGCAUAAGCUUCGAAAUAGUUAUCGUGCUGGGUUAAUAUACAGAUUGUUAAUGUUAGAUAUCAAAUGGCCAUAAGUCUGUAGGACAAGCAAAAGCAUUCAUUCGACUGGGAUGAUGAAAGGGGUUAUAUUGGUUAGUUUUUAUCUCUUUUACUUUAUGAUGUUGUCCUGCCUUUCCAAAAAUGUUAUACUGUUAGCCAGCGUUGGG